GAAGGCCAGUGGUGACCAUGUAUUUAUUUCCAUUGUUACAACCAUGGUAGGACCUCUGGUCAACAUUCCCACACUACGGGCAAUUUGGGUACGCCAGUUAGCCCAAUCCGCAUGUUUUUGGCCUGUGCGAGGAAACUGGAAAGUAGAAUCUCACCAAGCACAGGGAGAACAUGCAAACUCCAUGCACACAGACCCCGAGGCGGGAAUUAGGACAACAAUAAUGUUACUUGUUGAGUUCUUUUCUUUAUCCAUUCGUUUAUAUUCAGCAACCUCUUUAUCCUGGUCAAUGUCACAAUGGACACUAUGCCAGGAACACCAGGAAACACUCAACAUAAAUGGCCCUGUUAACCAAGUCAUAGAACUUUCAGAAGUUGUAUUUGUAAUUCAGAGUCAGAAGAACUCGUACCACAUCAACAGAGCAGAGCAGAGGAGAGCACACAUUUUUGACCAACAGCAUAGCUCACCAGAGGUUGUUCUCCUCCAUGAAUUGUCAGAAUACGAUGGAAACUGGGGGAUUUUUCCUGCGCUGCCUCGGCUGGCUGAAAGUUACUGCCGGAGCUCUUUGUGGAUUUUUUUCCUGGAGGAGGAGACUCUUGUUGAUUUAUCCAAACUGCUGCAGGUUCUCAGCAGAUUUAACCCUUUGAGAGAAUGGUUUCUGGGAAGGGCUCUUUAUGAUGCUGGUGCAACCAUUAUCCACCACUAUGCCUUCUCAGAAGAGCCAACUGCAUUUGGCUACCCUGAUUUUGCUGCAGGCUGGGCCCUCAGCUGUCCUCUGGUUAAAAGGUUAGCUGAUUACGUGAAGCAUGAGCCACCCAAAUCAGAUUUUACCAUCGACCUUAAGCAUGAGAUUGCUCUGUAUAUUUGGGAUGAGGGAAGAGGACUUGGUUUAACUGCUGUGCAUGAGUUCUGCUCUGAACUUCAUGGCUCACCAAACACUGAGCAUUGUGCUACCACCGUCAACUCUUAUCUGCCGAUGUGUGGUUCCCUAGUGAAGAGGCAGGACCUUUUUGUGGCAGUGAAGACUUGUCUUAAGUUCCACAGGGAUAGAGUGCCUGUAGUAAAGAGGACCUGGGCAAAGGACGCAGCGUUGCUGGAGUUUUAUAGUGACAGUGCUGAUCCAGACAUUCCAACUACUUACCUGGGAGUCCCUAACACAGAAAGUGGGCACUGUGCAAAGACAUUUGCCAUUUUAAGGAGGUUUGUCAGUGGAGACGUGACUCAAGCACCUUGGCUGCUACUAGUAGACGAUGACACCUUAAUGAGUCUGCCAAGACUUCGGCAACAUCUGGGCUGUUACAACCCUAAUGAGGCUGUAAUUAUUGGUGAGCGCUAUGGGUAUACUCUCAACAAGGGUGGCUACAGCUAUAUUACUGGCGGAGGAGGUAUGGUGUUUAGCAGAGAGGCAGUGUUGAAAAUUAUUUCCAGUGGUUGUGGCUGUUACAGUCCAGAUGCUCCAGAUGACAUGGUAUUGAGAAGGUGCUUUAACACACUAGGCUUGUCGGUUACACACAGCCCACAGUUUCACCAGGCUCGUCCAGAUGAUUAUCCCAAAGAGUUACUGCUUCGUCAGAGCCCCAUCUCCUUCCACAAACACUGGAACAUCAACCCUAUAUCUGUGUACCAGCAGUGGCUGAUGGAAUCUGAGGAUUUGCUUCAGCAGAUCUUUAAGACAGAGUACAGACAAGAGCUCUAAUACAAGAGCUUAUUUUCAUGUUGUGUAAUGUAGAAUGGAAGUCUAUAACUAUUUGCACAUUCACAAUUUUUGUAACUUAUCUUGAUAUGUCAACACAGUAAAUUUAAAGUAAAAUAACUGAAGU